GCCUGACUGUAUUUAUAACUUUCGCUUGUCACACUGAAUUCACUCAUGCCUAAACAUUGUCAUCGGUAGUCAAAUUUGUAUCAAUUCUGACUAAAUUAAGAUGCUGGAAUGCAGCGAAAUUCUCACAAAACUAGUGCUCAUUGCAUUUGUGCUAACAUUCUCACUCUCGUACACCUUGGCCCAAUUUUUUUCUAUGGACUAUAAGGAAAGUGCCCAUCGAGAGCAGCAUUCUCUAUUCAAACCCUACACUGACCUUGGACAUUGGGACGGCUUCGGGGCGGCUGUAAUAACGCCAGAAUAUAUUCGACUCACUCCAGAUUUAAAAUCUCAGCAAGGGGCAAUCUGGAAUAACAAACGGGUCGACAUGCGAAGCUGGGGGGUCCACAUUAAUUUUAAAAUUCACGGGAAAGGGGCAGUUAAUCAGGCCGGAGAUGGAAUAGCUUUCUGGUAUGUUAAAGAACGGAUGAUUCCCGGGCCCGUGUUCGGAUCGAAGGACUAUUUCUCCGGUCUUGGCGUAUUCAUAGAUACGUACGGAAACCAUUUAUUUCAGUCGGGGUCAUCCAGGAGUGAGCAACACGACAGCCACGAACAUCCUUACAUAUCGAUCAUUGUGAAUAAUGGAAGCCAGAAAUAUAAUCAUGAUGAUGACGGUGGUAGUCAGAAUUUGGGGGGAUGUUCGGUAAAAGUUCGGAAUAAGAAUGUUACACAAAUCCUGGUGCGAUAUGACAACGACAUGGUCACAAUACUUAGGGAUGUUGAUGGAAAGGGGCUUUUUGACAUUUGCGCCCAAGUUGAUGGCAUCGAACUGCCGACGGGAUAUUACUUCGGAAUUUCGGCUGCUACGGGGGAUCUUUCGGAUAAUCAUGAUAUCUUUUUUGUCCAGACCUACGAGGCCAAUAAUUACGAAAUGAGAGUUCAUAGUAUACAUGCGAGUAGAGACGGUAUUAUUCCAUCUGCGAGAAGAGACAGACCAAAAGAAGAGGAGGGUGGAGCCUGGUCGGUGAUCAGAAUUAUGUUGGCGUUAAUGGGUGUAACUUUAAUUGCGGCGUGCGGAUAUGGUCUGGUCGCGGUUACUUCAAAUAAACCCAAAGGAACGUAGGCAACUUGAACGAAAGUUGUUAUUUAUUUUGAUAAGAUAAAUAAAAACAAAUUUUCAGUAA